AGACAACUGCAACAAAAGAUUACUUUGCUGGAACUAAAACUAGCUGAUUGUGAAGAAAGUUUGAGAGAAGUGAAAAGUGAGAAUGAGAUUCUGCUAAGCCGUCAAUUUUCCCUAGAGAAAAUAAAGGAUGAUAACUCAGCCAUCUUAUUUUACACAGGGUUUCCAUCGUAUGAGGCAGUGAUAAGUUUUUUUAAAUAUAUUGAGCCAAAAUUAGAAAAGAUGCAGUACUGGAAGGAGAGCGUCUUUGAAAGGGAGUCAGCCUUAUCAAGAGGAUGAAAAUCGCAAGAAACCAGGACCCUCUAAGAAACUAUCAUUUCUAGAUGAAUUUCUGUUAGUACUGAUGCGGCUGAAGGCUGGCUUAUUUGUACAGGACCUCGCAGACAGAUUUGGUGUAAGCAUCAGCCUUGUGUCAAGGAUUUGUAUUACGUGGAUUAAUUUAUUGUACUAUGAACUCAAAGAUAUUUUCCCUUUCCCAACCCAAGAGUUGGUGCGCAAAAAUAUGCCAGAAGAAUUUGCUGAAUUUGCAACAACCAGAAUAAUUUUGGACUGCACUGAGCUUUUCAUUCAGAGUCCAUCUGCAAUGCUUGCACAGUCAGAAACGUGGUCUGAUUACAAGCACCACAACACUUGGAAGCUACUAGUGGGAGUGACACCAAAUGGCCAAGUGUCUUUUCUUUCAGACCUUUGGGGUGGACGAGUGUCUGAUAAACAAAUAACUUGAGAAAGUGGAGUGCUGGAUUUAAUUGAAAGUGGGGACAAUAUCAUGGUUGACCGUGGCUUUGACAUAAAGGACAUUGUGCCCGAGGGUGUCACAGUCAGUAUGCCACCCUUUUUAGCGGGAUGCAAUCAACUAACUGCAGCAGAGACAGAGGAAACAAUGACCAUUGCCUCUGUACGGAUCCAUGUGGAAAGAGCAAUUGGUCGGAUAAAGACUUACCACAUUUUAGAUGGUAAUCUGCCCAAUACGCUUAGCCCCUAUGCGACACAGAUAGCAACAGUAUGUGGACUUCUUACAAACUUCCUUCCGCCUUUGCUAAUGCCUGCUAAUCUGAAACCAUAG